AUGGAUACACCAACCUCAAACAUGAUAGCAAGCCCCGCUAUAGCGAAACUCCCAGAAGAGAUUCUUUUAGAAAUCCUUGCGCAAGCUCUUCAUUUUCCAAAUGGCAUCCAUUCCGAUCGUUGGUUGCAUCUUAAAAAGGCCCGGGUGGACAAGCUUUUGAGUUUGCCCUCUUUUGCUCACCUUGUUCCAGAGGCUCUGUUCAAAUACAACACACUCAUCAUCAAGGAAGGCCGCUUCCUCAGCCUCAAGACUGGCGCUAUGAUUCCUUCUAGCAGUUGCCCGUUUGUACUAGCAUACCCGGACACAAUGACUGCUCAUUGGGUCAAGAGUUUGGAGCUACAGAUCAGUCUCUUCAUCGCUAGCUCCUAUACGCUGGAGACGGUGGCGAUGGUACACUAUUCCUGGUUAAAGAAGCUUGCGAACCUUGAACGAGGAUUUGAUCAGCUUGAGACCCUCAAAAUUGUGAUCGUGCAGACUGGGCGGACUCUAUUUCGGAACGAAAAUGCAUCCCACUAUAUCCAUGUACUCCCUGAGCUCCUUCGAAUCUUGGAGACGCGGUUCGGCGCCAUGGAGUUCCCUUGCAAGGAGCUCCAGCUCGAAGUUCUUCAGCACACUUGUGGCGAUGCCUGCCUGCUGACUCCAGGUCCCCAAUGUCACAACUACCAAAAGCUCAAACGGCUCCUCAGCGCCACCGGAACUACCGCAUUGACUAUUGCUUGA